CAACAGACGAGCAUGAAUCAUUUACAACACGUACGUUGAACAUUGUUGAAGUUGCGAAUUCCAACUGUCAGAAAUGGCGAGGUUUACUCCAGGAUAAACCUGUUUCUCGAUCUGUAGAGUUAAAAAAGAAGAUAAAAUGGAUCCUUCAGAACAUACCAGGUGCAAAAUGGUGGCGUUACUGGUCAUUUUCUGCGUGUGUUUUGGGUCCUUCCACCCAUCACUAGCCCAGGACACCCCUGCAAGCAAAGUCUACUUCAAUGUCUCAUCAACUGUAACUAUCGGCACAGUACUAGAUUUACAGAGCCCGCUAGGAACGUGGCUGAAUUUCAGAACUUGUGAUGAAGGGGAAAUUUUGACCCAGACGGGCUUCAAUGGAGACACCUUCACUCUGUCCGUUACCCCUUCUGGCUACAUCAGAGCUGCUUGGACAGUUGGGGCAAUUUCAAAGUCCGCAGAAGUCGGACCAGACUACGCAACCAACAGCAAAUGGGUGCUUUUAAGUUUGCGAUACAUUUUAGGAGGCAUUGUGUUGACCGUUGACAGCAACUUAAUAACACUCGCGUCAGCUUCGCUAAACAGUGAACUUUUUGAAAUUGACCUGUCCGGCGGUGGUGAUGAGGUCGUCUUAGGGACUGAUUUUGUGGGUUGCAUGGAGCAAGUUACAGGGCUGCCGCUGGAUAGCGCGACGAGUUGGAACAACGUAAACUGGGGUGUCUGCCCUCUGGAAUUGCAGCAAGGGUGUCAGCCUUCAGCGUGCAAUGAUCCAUGCUAUACACUUCCGUGUAAAAACAAUGGUGUUUGCUCUAGGAACGCUCAGGCACCGUGCGGAUACUUGUGCGAUUGCACGGCCCGUUACGAUGGUGUAAAUUGUGAACUUGACAAAGGGCCACUGUGCAUCAGUCCUAACACUCCAGAAUACCACCUGGAUUGCCAGAAUGGUGGAGUCUGUGUGGAAGACGCCAUAGGCAACUCCACCUACUGCCAGUGUUCAGAUGAAUACGAGGGUACUCUGUGCGAGAGGAAUGUAACCUAUGCGUGUGAUGCGGACGCGUGCCAAAACAAUGCAACCUGCCUACAGACUGACAACGGUGUCCAAUGCAUUUGUGCAGACGGUUUUAGCGGCGACAAUUGUGCCAUCAACAUCAACGAGUGUGCCGUCCACCAGUGCCUGAAUGGUGGCCUGUGCAUCGACGGCAUCGCCGACUACACCUGUAACUGCACGGGAACCGGCUACACCGGUGACCGGUGCUCGGAACCAGUCGACGAAUGCCUCACUGAACCCUGCCUGAACAGUGUCGAUUGUGUAGACACGUCGGGGGACUUUGUGUGUAUCUGCUUAGAUGGUUGGACCGGGAAGAUUUGCGAUGAAGAUCUUGACGAGUGCAUGUCAUUCCCUUGCAUUAAUGAUGGAACCUGCAUGAACCUGAACAAUGCUUACGAGUGUCAAUGUGUCCAGGGCUUCAAUGGUACCAACUGUGACAAUAAUAUGGACGAUUGCGUCUCCGUGACCUGCCCUGAUACCUUUGAGUGCGUUGAUGGGGUCGAUGCCUACACAUGCGAGUGCCCACCUGGAAAAACAAAUCAGUCUGGCUCCUGUGUUGACAUUGAUGAGUGUUCACCAAACCCUUGCCUCAAUGGAAACUGUGAAAACCUAGACAACAUGUAUAAUUGUGUCUGUUACCCUGGCUUCAACGGCACCAACUGUGAGAUCAACAUUGACGAGUGCGAUUCCGACCCGUGUCUGAUGAAUUCCACCUGUGUGGAUGGAAUCAACGACUUCAACUGCACCUGUCUGCCUGGGUUUGAUGGGGAACUCUGUGAUGUGGAUAUUGAUGAGUGUUCACUGGAUCCUUGCCAGAACGGCGCAUCUUGUGUGGAUGGGAUCAACAGCUACACCUGUGAAUGUGUGUUAGGCUAUGACGGUGACAGAUGUGAGAAUAACAUUGAUGAUUGCGCACCGGAUCCGUGUCAGAACGGUGCCGAUUGUGAGGAUAAAGUGAAUGACUAUACAUGUGACUGUGUCCUUGGGUAUGAGGACAAGAACUGCUCAACCAACACCAACGAAUGCGAUCCAGAUCCGUGUCAGAACAACGGCGUAUGCGUGGACCUCGUGGGUGACUUCCAGUGUAACUGUACCAUUGAUUAUGUGGGGAAAAUGUGUGAAACCUUGUACGAUGCCUGUGUAGAUAAAACACCAUGUGAAAACGGCGCCACGUGUACCACACCGCCACUGCCCUCGCAGGACUACAACUGCACGUGUGUACCCGGUUACAGUGGCACCAACUGCGAGAUCAACAUCGACGACUGCGUAGGCGUGGACUGCAACGUGACCUCCGGAAAGAUCUGCUUUGACUUAGUGGAUGGUUACAACUGUGCGUGCCUAGUGGGCUACGAGGAUCCGCUCUGUUCCGUCGACAUUGACGAGUGCGCAUCAAACCCCUGCAGAAAUAACGCCACUUGCAAUGAGAGCAUCGGGGCUUUCAACUGUACCUGUGCGCCGGGCUUUGCUGGAGAACAGUGUGAAGACAACAUUAAUGAAUGCGACCCUAAUCCCUGCCAAAACGGUGGAAGAUGUGAAGAUGAAAUCAACGGUUAUCGAUGUUUUUGCGUUCCAGGACAUUCUGGGCUCAACUGCGAAGUAUCUUUGAAUGAGUGUAAUUCCGAUCCAUGCAAAAAUGGUGCUACAUGCAUGGAUGCGCUGAACGAUGUUAUAUGCACUUGUGUACCAGGAUUCACAGACAAAUAUUGUGGAACCAACAUUGAUGAGUGUGAGCAGAAUAUGUGUCAGAACAACUCCACCUGUAUAGAUGGCAUUAAUGAAUACACUUGCAACUGUGCACCAGGCUACAAUGGCACAAACUGUGAAAUAGACAUAGACGAGUGUGCAGUCAACCCCUGCAAUCUGGGGACUUGCAUCGAUGCAGUCAACGACUUUUUACAUCCUGCUGGUUGCCAUUGUUAUACCUGCAACUGCACUGACACUGGCUUUUUUGGACCACAGUGUGAGUCCAACAUUGACGAUUGCGCCCCGGAUCCUUGCGUCAAUGAUGCAACAUGUGCAGAUCUGAUCAAGGACUACAACUGUAGCUGUUGGAGAGGUUACGAGGGCAAAAACUGCGAAGUUGACGUCAACGAGUGUCAAGACGCGCCUUGCUUGUUUGGUGGCGUGUGCUAUCAACGAUCCAACCAGAGCCUGUAUAACGGUGUCAACCCCUUAUUUCCUGGACAGUUUAGCUACGCCAACGCCAGCGGGUUCCUCUGCCAGUGUGCCGAUGGUUACAAAGGCACCACCUGCGAGAUUGACAUUGACGAAUGCGCAUCGGGACCUUGCGCUAACAACGGAACCUGCAACGAUGGCGUGAAUGGCUACACAUGCGAAUGCGCCGGUGGAUGGGAAGGCGACGAUUGCAAACUGGAAAUCGACGAAUGCCUUCCAGUGCCAUGUAAGAACGGAGCUACGUGUACCGAUCUGAUCAACGAUUACGAAUGCAUAUGCACUGAGGAAUAUGGAGGGAGUAAUUGUACCGUGCAGCUGACAGGCUGUGACAUGAACAAUUGCUUAAAUGAUGCCACCUGUAUACCUUCAUAUGAUGAAGCAACCGGCGAUCACACUUACACUUGCCAGUGUACAGACGGUUACAAUGGUACCUUCUGCCAAACGGACACCUCCGUAUCAUUUGAAAAUGAGGCGUUCCUUGAGGAUCCAAGUACCUAUCUCGCGACUACUCUUGACUACUCACUUUCUCUUCAAACCACCUUACCAGAUGGUCUUCUGCUUUACUCGGGUCCAUAUCCAAAUGUAAAAUACUUCCUACUGGAGAUGUUUAAUGGGGAAUUGCUGUUGAAAUACUUCCAAAGUGGCCAACCGUUAAUAGAAAUAAAUGAUUUCGGACAAACAAUAAAUGACGGUGAAUAUCAUACUGUGAGAGUCAUCGUAACCUCACAAACAAUCACCCUAUCAGUAACCAUCCCUCAGGCAACACGUACUCGGAGAACUGCAACAUGCUCUGGUGGGGUAUGCAAACAAGAAGUUAACAUUCCAACUGGUGUCAGUGUUUUAUUUGACGAAAUGUACAUUGGGGGCGUCCCCGACGACGACAAAACAUCUGUCUUGCCCCUCUCCCAAUCAGGGGUAUACUUCACUGGUUGUAUGCGCGACAUCAAGAAUGGAGGAUCCUACAUCGUACCAGCCAGUACCAGGGCUGCAGUUGCCCCCUCUGUUUGUAGACGGGUGAAUCAAUGUCCCGACGAUCGGUGUAGCAACAACGGUGUCUGCACAGAUCGAUGGAAUACCUUCACAUGUGUCUGCAACAUAGGAUACACGGGAACCACCUGCAAUGAAAGCUUUAUUCCCGCCACAUUCCGCUUUGAGGACAUCCCCGAGAGCUUUGCAGAAUUCACGGCCAACGACGUCCUGUCCAAUUCCUUCAGCUCUGUCAAGCUUGCCUUCCGGACCCGGGAGCCCGACGGUCUGAUCUUCUACACCGAAGAUACUCCUAGCAAUAGCUACAUCACAGUCGAGCUGGUAAGCGAAAGCCUAAGAGUGGCAGUGUCCCGGAGUGGCAGCUUGGUGUCUUCAACCUUGGGCAGUGGACUGUCCGAUGGCAUCUACCACUUUGUUUCAAUAACAGCUGACCAAACUGAACUCAGUGUAUCACUUGACCCACUGACCUCUCCUGUUACGGACACCCAAGCUUUAACAAGUGGCAACCCGGACUUCACAGUCUUCAACGUGGGUGGAGUGGUUGAUUUCGCUGUCAUCCCCGCCGACGCCGCCACCCCUGACACCUACUUCAAGGGCUGCCUGUGGGACGUCAAGUUCAACAACUACUCUCUCCAGUUUGAGCCUCUCGAUCUCCCCAGUUUCCCCAUCCCUUCAUUCCCGAUGACCACCAACAGCAGCGUCUUGAUCAACGAGUGUCAGAGUGACGACACGUGCGCCGAUUCACCCUGUGAAAACGGUGGCACGUGCAACGUGACCUGGAAUGACUUUGAGUGCGAAUGCCCGACUGGUUUUGGUGGAAAGAAUUGCUCCGACUUGACCAUCUGCGCAACGGAUCCAUGUCCCACUGGAGCUGAUUGCAGAGACGUUCCUAACGGACAUGAAUGUGUUGUUGAGGCCACAUUUGACGGCACCUCAAGCCUGGUGUCCUACACCUCCAACAUCAGUGAUUCAACAAAUCUUAACUCCAUCACUCUGAAGGCUCGCACUCGCAAUGAUGCCGGCAUCAUCUACCAUUCCUCCAACAACCUCACUGAUUACUUCGUCACUUUAUACCUAGUCCAGGGUAGGCCCGCUCUGCGGUUUAAUCUUGGGCAGUUCGAAGAGAUAACCUCCCAGGUUGUAAUCAAGGACGGGUCCUGGCAUGACAUUGAGGUCAGAUUCGCCACAGACACAGUUGAAAUCAUAGUAGAUAAGGUAUCGGCAAGCAAGUCAACCGUUAUCGAUUCAGAUCUUUUGGCGUUAGUCAUCACCGAAACGGGAAGUUCCCCAGUAUUCCUCGCAGGAACCACGGUAGUCAACAGUGAUUACUUCGUCAACUACAACUACUUCAAGGGUUGCCUGAAUGACGUCCGAGUGGGCGGGGUCCUCCUCCCUUUCUAUGACCGGGAAACCGUCAACUCGACCAGUUAUGACCAAUUCUACGCCACCAUCACCGAUGUCAAUACCAGCUGUGUGGGGGAUAAGACGGUCUGCGACUCCUACUCCUGCAACAACUUCGGCACCUGUGUGGAUUUGUGGAAUGCCGCCAGCUGUCAGUGUUUGUCAGGCUUCGACGGGGACAGAUGCCAAAUUGACAUAGAUGAGUGUGAAAUGUUCGAUAACCCUUGUGUUUCGGGAUCCACCUGUCGCGAUGAUGUCAACAAUUACACCUGUCUGUGUCAGUCUGGGUUUGAAGGACGGGAUUGUGGCAGUGAAAUCAAUGAGUGCGAUCCUGAUCCCUGCUUACAGGGUUCAGUCUGCUAUGAUGGCCUUGAUUUCUUCAACUGUACCUGCCUGGGCGGUUACAUUGGUGCCUUGUGCGAUGUUUUGAUCAAUGAGACAUGCGCUGGCAAUCCUUGCAAGAACAAUGCCACGUGUCAGGACAGUGCGCCUGGAUCAGAGGCUAGUUUUGCAUGUGAGUGCCCUACCGGUUUCAACGGUGAUGACUGCGGCCAUGACAUCGACUACUGCGUCGCCCACGAGUGCGCCAACGGAGCAACCUGCAACAGCCUACGGGAUCAGGCAAAUUACUCGUGCUCAUGCGCAGAUGGGUACAGCGGGAACCGGUGUGAGACAAACGAAGACAACUGUGUAGGAGUUGAUUGCCAGAAUGGAGGAAACUGCGUUGACGAGAUUGAUGACUUCUAUUGUAACUGUACAGGAGGUUAUGAUGGUGACCGUUGUCAAAAUGACAUCAAUGAGUGUAACCCCAACCCUUGCCAGUUUGGCGCAACUUGUAACGAUCUACCCAACGACUUCAAUUGUGUCUGUACUUCUGGAUUUGAUGGCCGGUUCUGUUCCGACGACAUUAACGAAUGCCUAAAUACCCAAGACCCCCCUUGUCAAAAUGGUGGCACCUGCAUGAACACAUGGGGAAGCUAUAAUUGCUCCUGCCCCGCGGAUACGUAUGGGUCUGGGUGCCAGACCACCCCCUGUGACCCUUCCCCCUGUGAGAAUAACGCCACCUGCACCGCCCUACCCCCUGGGGUUCAUGACUGCCUGUGCCCGCUAGGGUACGUGGGCGUCAACUGCAGUGUUGCUAGUUGUUCCAACGUGGUUUGUCAAAAUGGCGGCUCUUGCCAACUCAGUGAUGCUAGCUGGGAAUGCAAAUGUCCUGAAUUUACCGCAGGUCCCCUGUGCCAAUACAAGGGACCCUGCGCCCCGGAUAUCGCCCCCUGCGUCAAUGGCGGAUCAUGUGACCAGACCUUCCAAGAUGGCGGCAGCUUCACCUACAUGUGUAUUUGCCCAAUCGGCUUCAACGGCACCAACUGCGAGUUGGAAAUUGACUGGUGCGACAGCAACCCUUGCCAACAUGAAGGAAGUAACUGCACCAGUACGAGGGAGGGCUUUAAUUGCAGUUGCGGACCAGGCUAUAAAGGCACGUUUUGUGAGGAAAAGUUACCAGACUGUGCCAGCAACCUGUGUCAGAAUAAUGCGACGUGCGAGGACCUAGACUACGGCUACAAAUGUCACUGCCCUGACGGCUACAGUGGUACCGACUGCGCGAUUGACAUUGACGAGUGUUUCAACGAACCGUGUGCAAAUGGAGGCAGUUGCACAGAUGCCGUCAAUGACUUCAUCUGUAUUUGUAAUGGCACUGGUUACCAAGGCAAAAACUGCUCCGAGGACGUCGACGAGUGCCUGAGCUCCCCCUGUCUCAACGACGGCACCUGCACCAACAAGCCAGGAACCUUUGAGUGCACCUGCAAGGAUGGCUGGUUGAUACCUCACUGCCACCUACCCGAUCUCUGCUUCCAAAAGCCUUGUGAGAAUGGAGGCAUUUGCGAAAACAUCAUCUCGCCGGACGGUAUGUCGGUUGAGAAGGAGUGCUACUGCAAUACAGACUACGAUGGCCCAGACUGUGAAAAGUUCAUCGGUAACCCGACCAACUGGGCCCUGAUUGGUGGCGUAACGGGCGGGGCCGUCUUGCUUCUCAUCAUCGUCAUCAUCUUGGGCAUCUUCCUGGUCAAGGUUAAGAACAAGAGAGCCACUAGAGGUACCUACAGCCCCAGCCGACAGGAGAUCUCUGGCUCUAGAGUGGAGAUGGAUAAUAUCCUCAAGUUGCCUCCGGAAGAGAGGCUCAUCUAGGAUCCAUACUCAACCUCAUUCCCCUGACGAUGGUCCCAAUUGGUAAAGUCAUUCUCGAGUAGCCGUUUUGCACACAGCGCUCCGACCGAUCAUUACUUGGAGACUGUUACUGUGGACAUGUUUUGAAAAGAGAAUCCAUGUUCCCUACUUUUUUUGACAUCCUGCCAGGGGUUUCUGUGGGGAAUAAAAGUCAACUUGUGGGAAUGAGGUUGAUGCAGGAGCCGUCUUUGUCUAGUUGCCAAUGUUCAAUACAUUGGUGCAGAUUGGAGAGCAAACAUAAUUGGCACCAGCCUACUUGUACAUGAGCCGUAUUGAAAAAAAAAAUUACCACCGCAUGCGAAAGACAUAUUAUUUUUUUUUUAUUCUAAAGUAUGAUAUACCCACAGACAAGUGAAUAUCAUAAUUGAAGCUUUGCUUUUAAACAUUUUUAAUAUCAUUUUACCCGGAUUUUACUCAAUCUGCCCACUGGUUAUAUUUUUUUAAUAAAAUUUGUCAAUAUUCGAGAAAAGUUUUAAACAAACUGACAAAUUUAUCCCGAAAAAAUAGUUUUGUUUUUAAUUAGAAUACAUUGACUGAAAAGGGCAUGUGAUACAACACAGUAUACAACAUAAUAGAUUCAAGAGUGCCUUACAACACCGUCCAAAAACAAUUAAAAAAUUCCAGCAGUUGUCAGUUUGUGUGAAGUCAUGUGACGCAAUUAUAUUGAAUGUUUUUACCAAAUAUGUAAAUAUAUUUAUAUAUGAAAAAAGGUAGGUUGUAGGAUUUGAAAUUCAAAUGGAAAGGAUUUCUUAGGAUUACUCUGAAAAGGGGAAAAAUAUCAACUCGUUUAAAUAAAACUACUUCAAUUUGUGAAGUUUAAAAAAAAAAUUGUUUAGAAUACUUAAUUUUUUGCAAGUUAUUCCUGUGCUUUUAUUUCAAUGGUAGUUUCAUCA